CACCUAAUCUUCACUGAUAACUUACAUAUUUAGAGUAGUUAAUUGUAUUAGACAGCUAUAUUGAUCUGUUCAUUCGCGCAGUGGGUCACCCCUUGCGGUCGGGAUCAAGUAGAGGAUUCGGAAUAGGAACAGCGCAGCAAUGGAUGUUGAGGGUAUUGAUCUGGUAGCGCUUCUGGAAGGCGGGCCCGUUCCUCAGCUUCCAGACGAUCUUGAUGACCUCUUCACUGACGACCUCUUACAAUUCCUAAAUGCGCCGGAGUCUGACCAGCCUUCUUCAAAUGUGCAACCACAAGAACUUGUCGCGCCGACUCCGGCAGCUCUUGUGGAGCCCGUUGCAACGGCGCCUUGCGUUUCCUCGAGUUCGAGUCAGUCCGAGGUUGCGACUUCGCCUUCGCUCGCUCAGCAGCCUGCGCUGCCUGCACCUCUUGCUUGUGGGACGGAAGCAUCUUUUGGGCCAUUGCAAGUACAGCAAGCUCUUGCUGUUCCGCGGCUUGUGACAACAGCGGCCGCGCAACAAAUGUGGACAGCAAUGCUUCAGGCGGCCUAUGGCGCGGGCCCCGCAGCUGGGGCGUGCGUUGAUGAUGCUAAAGCGCGCAGUCUCCAGGCUGCAGGGACAAGUCGUCAGGGAAGUCGUGACUGUUCCACAGACAGCUCUGACACUGACCACGAUGACCACGAAAUGGUGGACUCCAAGAGUAAAACAACGGGCAACAAGCGCAAGGCACCGGAGGUCGACUGGCGUCAAAUUGAUGACCCAGCAGAGCGGCGACGACAGCGGCGACUGGCGAAGAACCGUGUGACCGCGGCGAGGUCGCGCGAGCGAAAGAAGGCCAUGUGGAGUGAGCUGGAGGAGAAGUUGAAGAACAUUGAGAACGAGAACGCGCAGUUGCGUGCGAUGCUCGAGCAGUUUGCGCGAGAGAACGCCUCCCUGAAGUCCCAGCUGCUCACCAUUACGCGAGCUGGUGCGGCUGUCGGCGGUGCCGCGGGCGUGUCCCAGGCGCGGGCGGGCAAGGCCAUGGAUCCUGCCGUGAUCCUCCCAGUAUUUAUAGUUACAUUGCUGGUGGUCUGCUCGCUCCUGCCUGGUGACAAGGCCUGCGCGCUGCUCGGUUCAGUCCUGCCGCUGGCGCUGUUGGCGGGUAUGCUGGGUGGCUCCAAGGGCGGCGAGGCCGCGCAUCCGUGUUUCGAGUCCCUGUUCCGAUUGUUGCACAUGUUGGGCACCCUAAUCACCGGCAGCUCCAAGCUUCUCCAGAGAAGCUUCAGACGGUUAUGUUUUGACCGACAUCGCUAUCUGGGUCGGAGUUGGAUGCAGCGCCUGGCGGGUAUGCCGGUUCCUGUGUGCGACCCGGGGAUAGCGAGCUCAUCAUCAACGCCUGCUGAAGAUCCGCCGUACUUAGCGUUUGGGAAGAACCCGGCUCUGGCUGGGCCUGUUUCUGCCACGGUUGAAAAGCCUGGUGCGCCGCUUCUGCAGGCCGCAAUUAAGCUCGAACCGGCGAGCUCGGGUCUAAUGGGUUUUGGGUUUCGAUGUUGAUUGAUGGUACAUCUGAAGGAUGGGUCUUUGGUUUAGGACAGUGAUUGGUCGGAUGUCUUGGCUGUUUUUGGCUGGUCUUUUUUCCUGAUCCGCGGCUAGGUGGAGAUGGUGAGAAGAUGUGGAUACGGUCGUGCACGGUUGAAUGCAUACAAUGCAUACACGUUUGUUAAACUGUGUGUCUGUUUGCUGAUGUGGCGAUAGACGUUCCGCUCUAGUUUUUAGCACCGAGCGAAUAGAAGUACCAUGCAUGCCACCUAAAGCCUUGAAGAUCGUUGAUGCAGUAGCAUGGUUCUGUGUGGGUUGGUUUCUAAGCUCUGAAACUGAGCGGGAUACGUUUGUCUUUGUAUAUACGGCUGGAGCAUGUUGAUUAGGGUUGGGUAUGCCCGGGAAUGGGUAUGGGUCGGGAAGUUAGGCUUCUAGGCUACAGGUGUAUCUACCCUAAGCAGUACAAUAAUAACACAUCGCAGCAAUGAUUGAGAUGUGGACGAGACGUGGACGAGAAGAACGAAGCUUACUUUUUCGAGAUUUUGAGCAUGUGUUGCAUCAUACUAUCCCUUGGUGGUUGACACGCAUGCCAAAUUGCUGGAAUAGUUCCCUUGCAAUACACUACUGCCAAAUGGACAUUACUAAUCGUGUGAUGCAAAAACGUUUCACAAGUUUCCUGUAAUGCUGUGAUGCAGUGCAAUCGAGGUGAUCCAUGUAACCUACUCCGGAUGG